AAACGGGCUCUGGCCUCUGGGUACAGGGCUCUGGUCCUGGGUACAGAUUUGGUUCACCUUCGACUUGUACACGACACGAUGGACGGGCCUGGUAGAAAUCGUAAAGAAGAUCAGGACCUUUGGUUUUGAAGAUUGACAUGAAACCCUCCUUAAUUUCUACGACAUUUUGCUAAAGGAGCCUUUCCUCAAAAGGUUUGGAACCUGUGUUCAGGAUGUACACAAGGAAGAUCCAUGGGCUUUUCCUAGGGGGAAUACCUGACGAAGCAAAUGAAAUAUUUGUGAGAAUGGAAGCCAGUGAUUGCUUGUCAAAUACUUUUACCAUCCUUAUGCUGGGCUGUAUUCAUAAUAAGAAGUGCAAUGUAGCAGGUCUACUCAUAAAUGAGAUGUGUGCUCAAGGUUUCUCAGUCGAUGCAUCUACCACCUUCUUGUUACUUGACUAACUUGGAUUAAAGGACCAGGAUCUCGCUCUUCUUGCUUUGCAAUUGGAGGUAUGCAACAGCAUUAGAAGCUUCACUUUAGAUGGAUGAAGUGAAAAUGGUGCAUGUCUGUCAGUAGUGUGACUCUAUACGUUUUGUCAUCGUUUAUCGCCUGUCUUGUUUGGAGUCUCUUGGUGCUGCAACCUUUGAUUUGGACGCGCAUGGAACAUAGCAUUUGGAUGUGCCUGAGUCGCUUGACUAGCAUUUGUUUUCCCAUGGUGCUUCUUCAGAGAAUGAAGUAAUCUUUCUGUAAUAAUUACUCUUGAGCAUUUUCUUGGUUUCUUGCGGAGGUGAUGAUUAGGUAGAGUAUUGGUCGCAUGUGGGAUGAAAACUCCAGUCCCGCCUGCUGACCCGAUUCUUGACCCACUCUCUCCCAGAAAUACAACUCGUAUAUACCAGGUUCUCUGCUACAAUAGUGCAGAUUGGCUUAUAUAGCAACAUCUUAACAAUAAUAAGGAUAUUAUCCCAACAAGGAAACUGAUAUGAUAAUUUAACCAUCUCAUAAUACUAUACUAGUAUAAUAUUUUUUUAUGUGUUAACAUUCUGGACAUUUCUCGUGGACGUCGUAGAUGUGGCUCGGAUCAUAUUGAUCAGAUUUUAUUCUGAGUGUUUUUGUUUGGCUUUUAGAAACGGGAGGUUUGAUGUACAUAUUCGAUUGACCACAGAGAAUUAUAUCUGAACUAUUUGUUGGCAUGGAUCGGUUUGUUGUUUAUUGAUUUAUAUUGCAGGCUUUGCACAAUUUUUUUCUGUAUUAAUUUUGGCUGCCACUGUGACCCCAGACCUGGAAAGAAGGGUUCUCCAAAUUGGUACAUGUUUGCCAGUGGUUAGACUCGACAUGUUUUUGUCAUCGUUUAUGGCGUACUCUCCUCUUUAAUCCUUCUUUAUUUCCUGUUUCUUAUAAUCUUGUACUGUUGUAUAUUUUUUUUCCUCUCUUUUUUUUACUGUUGUAUUCUGUAGCUAGCUAAAACGUAUGCCAAAUACCAAGCUGUUGAUGCUUAUGGCAGGAUGGUGUGGGGAGGUGACGCUGGACAGAAUAUCGUUUACUAGCAGGCUAGUAUUAGCGAUGAUUUUACUGGAAAACAUAGGAAAGUUGCCUGAAAGGCGAAAACACAUUGAAAAAUUUCUUGAAAACAACUGAAAAUAAUAAAACAGAAUAAUCCUCAUAUAAACCCACAAGCCAGACAUUUACGAUAACUGACUUCCUGACUUCAAACAAAAAAAAAAACAAAAAAAAACAGCAGAUAUGUGGUCUCCCUAAUUUGUGUAUUUUCUUAGAUUAUUGAUACACCGGGUGUUCGUCCCUCUGUCUGUUUCGUGAAUCAAGGGGAUCUUUGGUAGUGGCAGAUGAUUACAAUCCUGAGGUAGCUCUUUCCUGUAAUAUAUAUUUUGAUACAUUAGCCGGGCUUCUUAGUUAGAUUUCUAGCUGAUGACCACUGAAUGCACUUGAAUUGGAAGCUUCCUUCAGUUUUUUCCCUGGACCUUUCUUUUAAUUAGAAUUCUGUCAUAUAUGAAGAGUGUAGACUGUAGACUACAUCCAUUCUUCAUAUCAUGUAUCAUACUGCAAUGCAAUUUGGAACUUAGAUCAGUGUUUGUGUGCAUCAUCUUUGAUAGGAAAACUAAGAGUUUGGUGGUAGGCUGGAAGCUGCCUUAUUCUGCAAUUAACCAGAAAUUCCCACUUUACCUUUCAGAACAACUAGUUUACACAAAUCAAAUCUAAAUGUUUGUUGCAAAAAACUUUAGCAUAUAUUUUUUCUCCUUUGGACUUGUGUUAAUCUGUAUUUUUUUGCAUGCAUUCACAGGCUGAUUCGAAUGUAAGACAGAAGAGAAGUUGCUUAUGGAAACAGGCCUUAAUUGAGGAACAAAAAUUUCAUAAAAGGUGAGCAUGUUCCGUCAAAGCAUCAAUAAGCCUAUCUGCUAUUUGGGAAUUAUAACAAAAGAAUAAAGUUGUGAAUUCUAGGAUUACAACAGAAUUGUUCUCCAGGUGCAUUAUGAAUAAGAAUGUACAACAUGAUUAAACAACGAUGAACGGACCUUGGGGGCAGGUAAAAUAGUCCUAAUGAAUCUUGAAAUCAUGGAUUAAGUUGCCUACUAGCCUCCAAAUCCAUUGAUAUGUUUACAUGAAUACAUGUAUAGAACCACUAGAAACAAAAGGAUGGGGUUGAUUGUAUUAAUUGUAAGUGUGCCCUGAAUCAUUAUCAUUUCUGAAAACUCUGGGCAUAAAAAUGGUAAAUAUUCCAAGCACAAGAGAGCAAAACACUAUUGGGAUUAAUGCAUUAUCAUGUGCUGUACAUUUGCAUAUCGUGAUUGACUGAAUUAUUCCAUAAAAUUUUAUUGUCCAUGUUGUCUGCUAUCUUAUGACUUAUAUCAAUCUUUCCCAAAACAUGCUGCAUUAUAGUGCCAGUUCUGUUCUCGUUCAUCUGUUAUUGUGAUGGAAGAAUCAAAGGAAUAACCCUAUACUCUUGAGUUUCGAAUGUGAAAUAUUGUGCUAGAGUUGAUAUUUAAUAGAUCGAGUACUAGUAUGACUGGAAAAUUUAUAUUCUGUCAAACCGGAUCUUUUAACCUCAAGUUAUUCGAGCACUUACCGAAUGUUAUAUCCUUCACAUCCAGUAACCAGUAGAACUACUCUUAAUGUUGAUACUAACCUAGUUAACAUAAAUGUGUGAGACAGAGAAUGGGCAUUCUGACCAUUUUAGAGUAUCAUAAACUGAGUAUACUUGAAGAAUCUUGACUAGGCUAUAUAGUCAAAGUCUUUGUGUAAUUACAAAAUGGCGUGUCCUUGAGUCUUCACGCCACUUAAUUUCAUGGUUAAGUUACUUUCAUAUGUGAAUCUUCUUGUGUUUCCACUUAUUGUCAAAAAGCUACGAAAAGAUGCAUGUAUUUCUCAAGAUUUAUAUGCAUAUCAACUAAUGCGGUUAUCAAUGUGACUGUCAGAAAGAGUGAUAAAUUUAUUAAUCAUGUUUGCAAAAUUGCAACGGUUUAAAGUCAGUUUUUGAAAAUAAAUUUUUAUACGAGUUUCUAUACAUUAAGCAUUUUAUUUUAUUUAGUUGCAUUUUUAUUUUUCCAUAACACCGAGUAAGAUUAAUGCUCCCCGGCACAUAUCGAGACAUUCACAGACUCACAUGAUGUCUGAGAUUGUAAAAAAAUUCACGUCAUCUGUUAAUAUGUUAAGAUAACAUAUUUUAUUCAUAACAAAUUUCAAAUAAUAUUACUUUAAUAUACUAUUUUUGACAUUAAAUCAUUAUAAUUUGUUCGAUCUAGUUCACGGAUUUGAUAAAAUUUUAUAUUAUCAAUAUAUUAGUAUAUUAUUUUAUUGUGACAGAGUAUUGGUGGAACUAAGAUGUUUCUUUAUUGCAAGCUGUUCGAAUUUCAAGGGUUGGUCCAUUUUAUAGAAUUUAGCAUUUUGGACUUUGAGAAUUAAUGAUGUUCCGCAAAAAUUACAUAAACUCAGCGCAUUUCAUACCUCUUUUACAACGCUAGAUGCCUGGAUUGUUUAAUUUAUAUCUAAUGCUGUAUUCAAAGUAACUCAACCCGCAAAAUAACGUGUUUUAAAAUGACGGCCAUUAACUUUUUAUGUUAAGACUAAACCUGAAUAAAAGUCUGAUUCCUAAUUUUCUUUUGACAGAGUUGGAUCUUAAUUUUUGUGAAAGGAAAUUGAAAUAUAUUAUAAAUAUAUCUUUUUUAUAAUUUAAAAUAUUUAUAGAAGUUUAAAACAUCAAAUAACGGUUAUUCUGAUGGAAAUGGUAUUAAAAGUCAAAGAUUUAGGUUAUCAUAAUAACUAAGAUCAUCUGAUAUUUAUUAAAGAGAUAAAUAUAUUAAAUUAUCAUCUUAUAUCUCUAAAUGUUUAUUAGAACAUUACAAAAUAUUUAUUUCCAAUUAAGUCAAGAUCUGAACUAUGUUUAUCGAUAUGGAUUAUGAUUAACCAACCUCUAACCACCUUAGCAAGAUUCUAUUAAUCUAUUUGAGUAAAGCUAAUUUUGCAUUAUUUUAGUCAAUAUUACCAGAGAUGUUCUCAUAGGAAUAAAAAUAUUAGACUGUAAUACUAAUUCAAAUUUGUGCUCUCAUAUUUAUGAGAUAUGAGAAGAUGUAGAUUUUCAUAAUCAUUAAGAUUUGUAUCAUUAUUAUAAAUAUCUCUAAAAGAUUUAGAUUGUCAUAAUUAAUAAGAUUUGUAUUAUUCUAAUAAAAAAUAAACCCCACGGUCACAAGCUACUCAACUGAGAUGGGUAAAACUUGAAAAGACUCACGGGGUAAAGCAGAGACCAUAGUUAAGACUCAGAGGCAGACUCUCAGUUGAGUCAGUCCUUUGACAAACCAAAUACACAUACCUCUCCAACUCCCUCCAUUUCAAUCUUCUAGCCCCACACAUAUAUUUAAGCACUUUAUUUCUCCAUGUUUCUCUGCUGAAACUGCUGUGAGAGCCAAAACAAUCUGCAAAAAAGAAGACACUUUUGAAUAUUUACAAGAUGAAGAUGUUCUCCAAACUAAUUAUCUUUAUCUCAUUUGUGGCAUUUGUGGAGUGUUCAUGCAUCACCAAAGACCAAGAAUUGGUAACCAAGGCCUUCAGUUCAGUCAAUGGUUUCAACUCAUCUUGGUUCAAAUCCAGGGAUUUGAACUGCACAAACCCUCACAUAACAAACAUAAAUCUCUCCUCAAGAAACCUCUCUGGCACAAUUUCUUGGGUUUUUUUCCGAAACUUAUCUCAGCUUCACUCCAUCAAUCUCUCCAAUAAUUCCCUCAGGGGUUCUGUUCCAGGCUGGUUUUGGUCCAUCCCUACACUCACUGAACUCAAUCUCUCCGAGAACAGGCUAGGAGGCACCAUUGGGUCCGGACCCGAAAACCCCUUUUCGGGUCCCGGUCGAUCUUCAUCAAUUCAAGUCUUGAAUUUGUCACAAAACAGGUUCACCAGUUUGGCUCAUCUAUCUCUUUUUCCAAACCUCACAAGUCUUGACCUUUCCAAUAAUGACCUCAAAAUCUUGCCUUCUGGUUUCGAAAACUUGACCAAACUUCAAUUUCUUGACAUUUCUAAAUGCAACAUUGUAGGAAACGCAAAGGCUAUUUCAGUUCUUCAUGGUUUGAAAUAUUUCGAUGUUUCGAAAAAUUACAUGAGUGGUAGAUUUCCAUCUGAUUUUCCUUCACUUGAUGGCCUUAAAUUCCUGAACAUCUCAUUCAAUAAUUUCACUGGUUAUAUAGCCCAAAUCAAUGUUCAAAAUUUCGGUCAUUCAGCCUUCAUAAAUGCAGGAAACUUCAACAACAACACAUCUAAAAACAACCAAAAUCUUCAUGUGAAGCCUCAUCCAAUUCAAUCCCCACCAGUCACAAAACCCCAACCUCAAAAACCCAUGAACAAAAAACCCAAAAUCAAACCCAGCCAUCUCAUCUUAGCCAUAGCACUUGCAUCAUCAGUUCUUGCAGUGGCCAUUUUUGCAUGCAUAUGUUUUAUGUACAGGAAGAGAAAACUAGCCAAAACAAACAAAUGGGCCAUCUCAAAACCCAUUCAAACGCCAUUCAAGAUAGAGAAAUCAGGGCCAUUUUCAUUUGAAACAGAGUCUGGAACCUCCUGGGUUGCUGAUCUGAAAGAGCCCUCUUCAGCAGCAGUGGUGAUGUUUGAGAAGCCAUUGAUGAAUUACCUCACAUUCAAAGACUUGAUAGCUGCCACAUCACACUUUGGAAAAGAGUCAUUGCUUGCAGAAGGGAGGUGUGGGCCAGUGUACAGAGCAGUGCUGCCAGGUGACCUCCACGUGGCAAUCAAAGUACUGGAAAAUGCCAGAGACAUUGAUCAAGAUAAAGCUAAAACCAUGUUUGAAGAUAUCUCCAAGCUUAAACACCCCAAUCUUUUGCCUAUUUCUGGCUACUGCAUUGCAGGCAAGGAGAAGUUAGCAUUGUAUGAAUUUAUGGCAAAUGGUGAUCUCCAUCAAUGGCUUCACGAGGAGUUACCCACUGGGAGACCUGACGUUGAGGAUUGGAGCACUGACACCUGGGAGCAUCGCAACGACAUCGAAAACCGGUCCCAAAUUUUAUCCCCUGAUAUAACCGCAUGGCGUACCCGCCAUCGCAUUGCGGUGGGGAUUGCCCGCGGCCUCGCUUAUUUGCACCACGGGCAGUCUAGGCCCGUGGUGCACGGCCACUUUGUACCAUCUAACAUAUUAUUGUCAGAUGAGUUGGAACCCCGAGUCACUGAUUUUGGCCUCAGUCAAGACCAAAUCAGCGGGUCAACGGAGGCUGACGUGUACAGUUUUGGGACCGUGUUGGUCGAGUUGUUGACGGGUCAACCAGGGUCCGAGGAGACAGUUGAGUGGGUGAGGAGGUUAGUGAGGGAGGGCAGAGGGGUUGAUGCAUUGGACUCGAGAUUAAAAGUGGGUGAUGACUCAGUGAGUGAGAUGGUUGAGUGUCUCCGAGUUGGAUACUUGUGCACAGCAGAGGCACCUCGGAAAAGACCCACAAUGCAGCAAGUCGUGGGGCUGCUGAAAGACAUACAUCUUGUGAUGGAUGUGUUGAAUUGAACAUGGUUUUGGUCCAUCAUUUGAUUUGAGAGUUCCCUCUCUUUUUUUACUUCUUUUUGAAUAUUCAAAGUACAUAUGUCAUGUUUGUCUUAUUUGGGAAAUUGCUUGUCUGACUAUUAAACUUCCUAGCUUGAACAUAUUUUGGACAUUAAAUGUCUCGAGGAA